AUGGUUUUAGUUCAAGAUUUAUUACACCCUUCACCAGCUACUGAAGCUCAACAACAUAAAUUGAAAUUAUUAGUCCAACAACCAAGAUCAUUCUUUAUGGAUGUCAAAUGUCAAGGAUGUCUUAAUAUUACAACUGUAUUCUCACACGCUCAAACCGCAGUAACUUGUGAUUCUUGUUCAACUGUCUUGUGUACACCAACUGGUGGUAAAGCUAAAUUGACUGAAGGUUGUUCUUUUAGAAGAAAAUAG